GUUCUGCACAAAGAGUUUAUUCCCAACUAGUGACCAGAGAAACUUGAUGAGCACUUAACCCUCUAACAUAUAUUUUUGCAUUAUCUAUAACAAUAUACCAGUCAUGAAAAGAAUACUUUCUAAGGCCAAAAACAAAUUCAAACCAAAGCCCACAAAUACAAGACUCAGCAGAACACCUUCAAGACAACUCAUGGAAGCUCUGGUCACUGCUUGUACAAGCAGUGAACAACAUUCUCCAGUGACAAUGAAUGACAUCAAAUACUCGCACACAGAUGACAGCAAAGAUUCCACGACACUAACUUUCACUAGCCAGAAACAAUCACUAUACACAGCUGGGAAUGGAGAAUCUGAGGAUGAUGAGCAACUUGAUGAUGAGUCUGCGGAGAAUGAAGAUGAAAUUCAUCAUUCCUCCAAUAAGGCUUCAAAACAUGUGGAAUACAUGGAUGAAAAAACUGAAAAAUCUUGGAAAUCCAACAGAAAUGCACCAAGGAUAUCCAUGCAGGACUUCCAGCACUCCAUAGGACCCACUUUGUUGAAUCAAAGUGACAGUGAUGAUGAAAAUUCCCUGCUUGAUGAUGAUGAUGAUGAUGUCAGUCCAGAAACCCUGGCCUCAAACAAAGAACUGAAAACCAGAGCAUCCUUCAGGAAGCCCAAUAAAGAUUCCAGUCCCCUGGCUAGAGCACUGAAAAUGUCCAUCACUACUGAAUUUGAUGAAGCAGCAGAAGAACAGAACCAUACAGAUGAGCCCACAUCAUACAACAUGGUUGAAACAACUAAUGAAAAUAAUUCUGGGAAACUUGAGGAACUUGAAAUGCUCAGGGCCAGACUCUACAGACUCAGGAAGAGGUUGGAUGAGGCAGAUUACACAGGAUCCCACAAUCAGGGCCAUCAAACAAUAAUUGGGAUUGAACAAGAUGAGAGCUGGGCAGCUUCUUUGGAAUCAGUUUACUUGGAUGCCAGCAGCAAAUGGGCAAAUUUGACACUGAAUUGGCACAGAACUGGGAAACUGAUCUGCUUGGGAUUUCUCAUCUUUGGUCUGUUUUGCUUCCUGUUCAUGUUGUUGAUUACAUUCUGGAGACAAUCCAAGUUUGUGUACACACAUCAGAUGCAUCCUGAAGAAUUUUUCCAACCAGAGAUGAUAACAAAUACAACAAAUCCAGAAACAACCCUCACAGAAUUCCCACUGGUGGAAGCCACUGAUGAAGCGGAAGUACUUCCGGAAUCUAUUCAUCAUCCCGUUCCGGUUUUCAAACCUGGAACGCAAACAAAUUCUGCUGAGGAAAUCCAAAAGACGAAUGAUUUCAUGUUUCAACUGGAACAGAAGUUUUCAAGGAGGCCACUGAAGUCAGAAAAGAAUAUCGUCAAAAUCCGAGAAAACCUUGAAAAUGAAAACUUUAAUCCUUAUCCUCGAUGUGGCCUAAAUAUAUUUGCUAUGAACGCGGAUGCUCCAGCAUUAGCAGAGUCUUGA